AUGAGCCAGUCUCAUAAAAGUUCACAAGGUCAUCGAGCACCGGAUGAAAGGGAUGACUUGAUUUAUUGUCGUUUUCUCGCGACAGUUUUCAAAAAACCCUCAUCCACAAGUCAGAAACAAAGGAAUAAAACAGUGGAAAUAAGGAAGAAUGAAGAAAAUCCGUGGUACCUCAAAGGCGGAACAAUACAGCACAUAUUUGAUGAUCCUCACACUGACACUGGUGUUGUUGGAUCUUGA